AUGCAGUCCGACGACGUCGUCUGGACCAUCAUCAACCAGCGGUUUUGCUCCUUCAAGGCCAAGACGCGAACGCAGACUUUCUGCCGCAACCAGUACAACGUGACCGGCCUCUGCAACCGCACCAGCUGCCCGCUCGCAAACUCACAGUAUGCCACGAUCGAGGAGAAGGAGGGUCGACUGUACCUCUGCAUGAAAACCGUCGAGCGCGCGCAUUUGCCCAACCAGCUGUGGGAGCGCCUCGAGUACUGGCCAGAGAUUGUCAAGCACAAGUGCAAGCAGCGCCUGACCAAGAUGACGCAGUACUUGAUCCGCAAGCGGAGGCUGCGGCUCAAGCCACAGCCCACGCUGGAGCGAGUGGAGGUGCGCGAGGCGAGGCGCGAGGCCAAGGCGGAGAAGGCGGCGCUGCUCGACCGGUCGAUCGAGCGCGAGCUGCUCGCGCGGCUCAAGCAGGGCACCUACGGCGACAUCUACAACUUCCCGAUGGCUGAGUACGAGAGCGCGCUCGACGCAGAGGAGGCGGAGGCGGAGGCAGAGAAGCAGCGGCGGGCGGCGGAGGCGAAGCGCCUCCCACCCCACGCCCGCCCCCCGCCACUCCACCCGCCCCCCCCCUCUCCCGUCGGCGCGCGCCCCGAGGGCGAGGGCGAAGGCGAGGAGGGAGACUUUGUGGCGAUGGAGGAGGAGGACGAGGAGGAGUACGAGUACGAGGAGGAGGGGUGGAGCGACGGCGCGAUCGAGGAGGGCGAGGAGGGCGAGGAGGGGGACAGCGGCGAGGGCGGCAGCGACAGCGAGGGCGCGCCCCGCCCUGCUUCUCCUCUCCCACUCGGAUCUCUGCCCCCUCGCGACGGCGAGUCCGAGUCCGAGGACGGAGAGCCGCCCAGCGAGGACGACGAUGGCCGGCCGCCGACGCCUGCCGCUCGGCCGGCGGCGCCUAAGCGGCUCGCGCCCGAGCGGAGGGCAGUCGCGGGCAGCAGCGGUGCGCAGAGCAAGCGCCGGCGCGGGCGGCGCGAGAUCGAGUACGAGGAGGAGCGUGCACCUCUCACGAUGCAGACCGCCGCGAUGCACGAUUGGUGA